GUCGUCAGUCGUGGUCGUGAGUCGUGAGUCGUCACUCCAUUCUGAUUCUUCUCCGUUUUCCGUCAUAUUUGGAUUUUUGAGUUUUGGAGAUUACUAAUAAAACUGGAGUGGAAACACUAAAAUAUUAUUUUGGAAUCAAUUUUAUUCAACUCUAAAAUACUCAAAUAUUCUUUCUACUUGAAUGCAAUGUCCUUGUUAUAACGUGACUCAAAUAUUUGCAAUUGGAAUUGAUAUUUCACUCUGGACAAAAUGAAUUCAGCUCUAGGAGGAAAAGGGGAAACACCACCUAAUAUGUGGCCCUGGUAUGGAGUUUAUCAACAACACGGCGGCUAUCAAGGCCAAUCAUUUUCUCCCUACGGACACCAGGGAUACUUCCCAUACUAUCCGGGAAAUGGAAUGCAAUUCAGUGGACAUCAGCAGCAUCAACAACAUCAGCAGCAUCAACAACAACAACAACAGCAUAAUCAACAACACAAUCAACAACACCCUCCUCAGAUCACUAUGCCGCCGUCUGGUAUGAAGCAGUUCGUAUCUGGCGGCUCAUUGAUGCCGUUCAAUCCGGCACAGCAACAACAACAACAACAACAGCAGCAGCAGCAGCAGCAGCAGCAGAAUAACAGCAACAUGAACAACAGCAAUAAUCAGAACAAGAUGAAGGACGGAGGUGAUAAAGAGCAGGAGAAAGGAUCGAAUGAUGCUGACAUGCCUCCCCUCCCCCCGGGUCCGCCGCCCCCAUCGAUGAUGCGCUUCACUCCCAAUAAUUCGGCUUCGCCUUCCCGGUUUCCCGGUUAUCAGCCAAACGGCAUGAAUCCUGUCAAGUUUAGUUUUGGACAGAAACAACAGCAGCAGCAGCAACAGAUGCAACAUAACCAACAACAGAUGCAACAUAAUCAACAACAGAUGCAACAGAACCAACAACAGAUGCAACAUAACCAACAACAGAUGCAACUUAACCAACAACAGAUGCAACAUAACCAUCAACAGCGCCAGAAUCAACAGCAGCAGCAGCAGCAGCAGCAGCAGCAGCAGCAGCAGAGACAGGGCUUGGGGUUUGAGGGCGGCGAGGGGUCAAAGAAGAAGCGAAAACGCAGAGGCAAGGGAGGCGGCGGCAAUGCGAACCCCAUGAUCAGGCCACCGGCUCCGCCCCAUGUUCUGCUGAAUGUGCCGCCUCCACUGCCCCCAGGUCCCCCACCUCCUUCCGCUGCUCCUCCGCCCCCCACUUCACCACCCCCCGACUUGCCGCCUUCGUCGCCGUUCGCCCCCAAGCGGCUCUCGCUCCCCUCCAACAAGCUGCCUGUCACCGACGAGUGGCCUCAAUCUCUAAAAGACUACAUGAACAGAUGUUAUGAAAAGUGUUCCACUAGAAUGGACCAAGAUCGAGUUGGAAUAAUUCUUAAGGGAAAGAUAGUACGAGCUUCAGCUGAUGACACAUUGUGGACAAAGGACUGGGACAAUGAGCCACUUCCUCUAUCGAAACUUGAGCUGGACAACAUCACGCUGAAGUCGAAUGCCGUGAAGCCAAGGUCAUCGCUGGAGAGCAGGCUAGGUGCGCGCAAGUCGCUGCCUCACCGCUCAAGGUCGCCAGCUCGCAAAAACUCCGAUUCUCCGCCCAAGAGAAGGCGAGACAGAAGUUGGAGCUCAUCAAGUAGCAGUGAUGAAAUAAAAUCACAGAAACCGUCCAAGGCUAGUAAAACAAAGAAUUUCAAGAAUAAGAGCAAAGGAAAGCAAAAUAAAUUGAAAUCGCAUUUCUACUCUGAGAUGGGCGUUGAGAAUGAAAUGGCGAACCCAGAGCUGCUGGAGAAGCGAGCGGCACGUUUCAGCACGGGUAGCAUCAAGUCUGCGGUCUCGUCGUUCCCUGAGUACCAGUCGCCGCUGGCUGCGUUCAGGGCCAAGAAGGCGCGCGCCACCCUCGACUUGUCGCAAGGUGAAUUUGACCUUGGCGAUUUCCAUGUCGUCGGUGUCUGCCAGGACCUCGAGAAGCCUUAUCUCAGGCUCACAGCGGCUCCAGAUGCAUCAGCUGUUAGGCCACCAGAAAUCCUGAAGCAGUCAUUGGCCAGAGUAAAAGAUCGUUGGAUCAACAAACAAGAUUACCACUACGCCUGUGAACAAUUGAAAUCUAUUCGACAGGAUCUAACGGUGCAAGGAAUAAGAGACCAGCUGACGGUUGAAGUGUACGAGACACAUGCGCGCAUUGCACUGGAGAAGGGCGACCACGCUGAAUUCAACCAAUGCCAGAGCCAGCUGCGAGGUCUCUACACCGAUGUGCCAGCAGCCGCAGCCAAUAGGCUUGAGUUCACCGCCUACAGAAUACUCUACUACAUAUUCACAAAGGAUUUCAUGGACCUGUCAACUGUGUUAUCAACUCUGAAAGAGGAGGAGAAGGAGGAUGAGUGUGUGAGUUGGGCACUGCGCGUGCGGUCGGCAUGGUGGCUGGGAAACUAUCACCGGCUGUUCCUCCUCUACAGGUGCGCACCUCGUAUGGCCGCCUACCUCAUGGACUGGUUCCUGGCACGGGAGCGCAAACAGGCGCUCAAGGCCAUCAUCAAAUCUUACCGGCAACAACUGGCUGUUGAGUUUGUGAGUCGUGAAUUGGCUUUUGAGUCAGACGCAGAUUGUGUCGAAUUUCUGACGCCGUUCGGCGUCGUUUUUGCCGACGCGGAAAGGACCAGCAUCGAUUGCAAAGCGAGUACAGCGCCGAUUAUUGCCGCUUGAAUCGCUAACUAAAUUAUUCUGUAAAUAUCCACUCAAGUGCGGAAGAAAUCACCUAUCAGAUAGGAAAUUGCCGUGUAUAGAAUAUCUUGUCGGUAAUGAUUGAUUUCUCUCGAAAGACUUUAACAGAUGAAAUUAUUCAAGCCAAGUGCUCGUAUGUAGAAUCUAUAGUUCAAGAUUUUGAAAGACUUUUAUCAAUUACAAUCUUUUUAUGCAAAGUGCUUGUAAUAUAUUAUUGAGUUGGAAAUUCUUUCCAAUUUCGAAGGACUUUUAUGAACCUCGAAAAUAAUUCGUAUGGAUCCCAGUGAUUAUUUUGUUUUUGGACAAUAUCGUGUAAUGAUUGUGCAUUGGAGAGUAGUAUUAUCAGCUACGAGAUAUCUUCAUCAUUAAUUAUGUCUUCGUAUUUUCAUCGGAAUUAUUGUAUCCAGUAAUAUGUCAUAAAUCUGGGAUGUCUUGCGGAUGUCUUAUUCUUCGAUAACUAACGGUUUUAAUUUUGCUGAUGUAGCUUCCAAAUCUUUGUUUGCAGCUGGCAUAUCAACGGAAAUUGCUGUCGAGAUUCAUUUACAAGUAAUUGAGUUAUCUCAAGGUUGCAAAAGGAAAUUGAUUUUGUCUGGAGAACAAUUAAAAAUGUAUGCGCAGUUGGAAAUAAAAGUGAGUUGGGAUUGUAGAUCGAAUUGGGAACAACUGGAGUCAAAAAUAGUAAUGAGAAGUUAGAAUCUUGUAACAGUAGUUUGGAAUUGAGUUUGGAACAUUUGUAGUGUGAAAUGAAAGUGGGAACUUGAUUCGAAAGAUUAUUGUAUGUGAAAGAGAUAAAGUUGAGAAGAUAAAUAAAAACUGAAAAAAUGCUGGAAAAAGAACUGGUAAAAAUGGGUAAAUUUGAGUGAUUUAGGAGAACAUCUAUGAGAAAAUUUUCAACGGAUUCACAGGAAUUUUGAGAUUGAAUCGGGGAAGGUCCAGAUGACAUUUUCAGCAGAGGAGUUUUUCAUGGAGAUUUAUUUGAGGGAUUUGUCAAUUCGUGAAUUACUGUUAUCAUCAUGAGUCAAGGAUAUGUGAGGUGAAAUUUGAAAAAAAUAAUAGAAUGGUAUAGUAAGGAGCAAGCUUCCAUCAAAAUAUUUCGUGAGUAUCAUCAAAUUUCAUUUAUUUUUAUUUUGGUUCAUCGUAAUUCAUCGGUUGACAAACGGAAGAUUCGCGAUGGCGUUGAAAAAGGGCUCUGCUGAUUCGCUCGUUUCUAAUAUUUUCAUCGUAUUUGAUUCAGCUUCAACGAUGCAGUAUGAAGAUUGAUAUAACAGCGAGCAGAAUUAUUCAACUGAGGAAAAGAAGAAAACCGUCUGCAAAACUUCGGAAUUAUUUUAUGAAGCUCCAAAAUCAUCGCCACAGAAAUCGGAAUUAUUUUAUGAAUCAAAAUCAUCGUCACAGAAAUGGUUGAGAUCAGUGGAGAGAGCAACUAGGAAAGUGGAAAGCAGGAUGACGGAGAAAGAGAGAGAGAUAGAUUGGGAAAGAGAGAUUCUUAGAUUAGAUUUCUUUAUUGAUGCAGAUAGAGAGAGAGAGAGUGUAAGAGAAUAACGGAGGAUCAUCAUGUAAUUAAUAUUAUUUGAUUAAUUGCUGAGGCGUAGACGGUAGUAGGUUGAGGUAAAGAUGACGGUAAGGAUGAGAGAUGAGAGCUCAAGAAAGAAGACAAAGAAAGUUAUCAAAUAAUUGAUAUCAAUUUUAUUUGAUAAUUGCUUUGUUAUCGAUUAGAGAAAUGGCAAAUAAGGGGGGUGGAAACAAAAAUGCAGGAAACGAAGAAAAAUACGAAAAUGACCGAGAAGGCGAAAAUGUGAGUUUGAAAACAAGAAGGCAAAGAGAAAGAAAAGGAAAGAGAUUUUUCAAAAGAACGAGUUAUUAGUUUUAUUUUUGACACUUUCAUAAAAAUGAUGAAAAGAUACAACAAUAGGGGGUUCCACAUGAAAUGAAUGUAAAACUUCAGAUACGGCAAUGAAAGGUGUGGUCAACUGGAGGAGAUGGACACCAUGGAUAUCAAGGACUUGAUCAUCAAUUUCAAAGAAGAGAAGAUCUAAAUCUGUUUAUCCCUUUUAUCCCAUCAAUACCAUUACCCCAACUCAAUACCAAUGAAAAUAUUGACUCCUCUCCUAUAUUUGAAUCCUUUUUUCCCUUCAUUAACGUAAUUACAGAGGAGGGCGGGUGGCAUCAGACAGGGUGUUCAACCAUCGAGAACUUCAAAGUGCGUGUAGAGACUUGUACACAGUGGACUUUGUAAUGAGCACAAUUUUAGACGGGUUCUAGGAGAUUAUCCAAGGGUUGGAAAGAUAUUUGCAGGUUGUGCUAGUAGUUUGAAUGGGGCCUCUUGCUAGGAAAGGGUUUGUGCUUUUCUCAACAGCUAGUUUUGUUAGUUUUUAUUGAGUUUUUCAGCAUAUGUUAGAAGCAGCAGCUUUGAGCAUCCUGCUUGAAGUCAGUCGAUGAGCAUUGUCACCUCCUGGCACUUCUACUUCCGGAUGAGGAGCCACUUCUACUUCCGGAGAGUGAGGUCCACUUCAACUUUAUCAGAAAGUGAAGACCACUUCAACUCAUCAGAAAGUCAAGUCGGGUAAAGGCACUUUCUACCGAGCGAAAGGAAUAAUGUAGAAAAGGAUCUGUCUGCCACUACUCUUCUUUCUUUUCUAUUAUUUUAUAGGUAUCUGUAACUGUUUCUCACCUUUGAAUCGAGAAUGUGCUAAAAUGCCCCUUGCAAAUCACUAGUGUUGAUAUUAACUAUCUAGCUUUAUACUUAGUUUUCGGAUACUUGCCAAAUUACAGUCAACUACUCUGAGAACUAAUUUUGCUGUUAAAAAAUAAAUUGAUAUUCACCAAUUUUGCGCACUUGUCUUGGAGAAAUUGAUUUUCUUUCAAUUUGGAGGAUUCAUAAAGGAACUACUAUUUUAAGUAGUUCCACAUAGAGUUACACACUAUUUUGCUGACUAUAAUAUAUAUAGAAUAAUUUCCAUAUUAUUCCAACAAGAAACAAAACCUCUCUAGGUGUGAUUGUUCUCUUACAAAGUGCAUACAUAGAUUGAAUUUUCAUUGUACUUUUUGAAACUGAUGUGAUGAAUAGAUAUUAUAUUAAAUAAUUUUUUUUCCUAUAAACUGAAUUCUCAAUGCAUAUUAUGAAAAAAAUAAUGAAUACUCCAGUAGUAUAUUCUAGGUUAAUUUGUUAUUAGUUCUAAGCUAAACUUCUAAUUAUUAUGUGUAAUUUGCUGCCUUGCAUCAGUAAUUAUUUGAACUUUUUAAUAUUUAUAUUUUAUCUAUAAUCUUGUUCCCCUUGCCACCAACCACCCGACCGACCAAUGAGCAAACAGCAUUUUUUUCCUUUAGAAUAUAGCAUGCAAUUAAUGUCUUCGCUGAAAAAAUAAACCAAUAUUUGUGAUUUGGCUAGCUCAGAGAUGCUAUUGCAUCUUUUUUGUUAGUUUUUAAUUGUUUAUUGUUAUUUUUCCUACUCAUUACUUUCUUAUAAAUUACGCAUUUCAUCGGAAUUAUUGCAUCCAGUAAUAUAUAUAUCACAUACACACUGAGAUGUCUUACGACGAUUCUCCGAAUUGUCAUAUGUGGUAAUCAUUAACGAAUCGGUGUACUAAGAUCCAAUUGCAUUCGGUGAUUAGACUCUCAUUAAUUUCAGAAUUAUUCCAAGGAACUUGGAUUUGAGUUAGUUUUCUAAAAAAUUCUCUUGAAGAGACUCACCUUUUAUAAGUUGUAGGUUGUUGAAUUUUGUUACAGAAUUUAUAAAUAAAGCUUGUUGCAAAUAAAAUUUAUAUAGGUAUUGCUCAUGACUAGUGAAAUUUUCUUGAAGUACAAUAAUGUAAAACGUUAUUGUUCUGCUAGGUAAAUUUUUCACAAUAUUUAUUUAUCCUAUUUAAGUGUUAUUUAUUAAUUGUAUUAUUCUGGAGAAGUCUGAUAUUUAUGAGCACAGCUCCCUGUUAGCCAUAAAUUAUGACAGGUUAUAAUGAAAUAGUUUCAACCACAAAUUCAUCACGACUUUGGAUAUUAUUUACUAUCACUUCUCAUAUUAAUCACCUUUUUUAUUUUUUUCACUAGACUUAGUCUUCAAUAAAAUGUAUUGGCACCAAUUUUCCCUUCUAUUGUUACUCAAUAUCACUCCUACGUUUCAUCACAAAUUAACACUUAAAUAUUAAUUUUUGCUCAAUCGAUCUAAUUCAUUUAGGAUUAAGAUGUCCAUUCCAUUGUAUAUGAUAUUUUUAGAAAUUUAAAGUUGUUUCCAAAGCACUAUUCUCCUUAUUGUUGAGAUGACUAUCCCUUUACUAUCACAUACUCUUCCUUUCUUUAUAAUGAGUUAAUUAAAAUUCCAUUCAAUUUUUAUCUAUAUCCUUUAAAAUGUCUUGUCCAAAAAUCUUUUCCCUCUCAUCCUCAUAUUUUAUUCCAUCUAAAGAUUACUCAGAUAGGCAUUUUCAUUAAUAUUCCACAAACUGAUUCUAAACCUUCUAGAUCUCUUAUAACAUCCAUGAAAUUGAGUAGUGGGAGAAUUUGCCAAAUUAUAUUUGCAAAUGAACUUUGUUCAAUUUGUGAAUUGCUGAAGAGACUUUCAUAGUCAGCUAGGAAGGCAAUUGUAGCUUGCUACUUAAUUUCAAGAUCUAAUUAUUAUUUUACAAUAUUUUUAGUAUAGUGGCUCUUAAUUAAAUUUCAAAUUAUCAUUUCUGAGUAUUAUUCAAUGUUUUUGGAUUGAAAAUUUUCCUCUAACACAAUAUUCUAUUCACCCUACCCACUAUUGAAACUAGUAAAUUGUAAUAUUUAUUGAAUUUGACACCAAUCAACAAUAAGGAGAAAAAUCUCGAUUCAAAGAACUAUAUUUGGUAAAUAAUAAUCAAUUGUUCUAAAUUGUUGCAAGUAAUGUAUUCAAGUUGAUUUAUUUUUAUUUUCAACAAUAAUUGUUACCCAUGACAAAUGUUGGAGCAUUGUUCGAAAUAGUUCCAAAGUAAUGCUUAUUCAUUGUUUGAUAUUGUGUAAAUAAACUUUUCAGCUUUCUA